AUGGUGUGGCGAUGCUCCUGCCGACUGCGACGGAGAGCAGCUUGCCUGGCCGCCGUCUUCGUGUGGGCGACGACGCAGAUUCUCCUCGUCGGCCAUGUGGUGGAAACCUCACCGCCCUGGAGACCGAGGAAGACACGUGCCGUCUUGUCCUGGGGUCAAUAUGGCCUUUGGGCAAUGUGGAGCACGCUGACAUCUUUGGGCCCCCGCAACAUCAUCGCGGUGUUGCAGGGGAUGCUGCCCCAGCUGGCCAACACCACCUUCUAUUUUUCAGCGGCAGACUUCCCCGCUGUGGACGGGCUCGUGGCUCUUACGAUCGACGACGGCAUUUGUCGAGGCGGCAACUGGUCAGCCUCACUCCUUCCAGAGGUCCUGGAGCUGCUGGCCGGCAGCUCUGCAAAAGCCACCUUCUUCCUGAGCUCCCACUACGUUCGGCCAAAGGACCUCAGGAGGCUGGUCUCUCACGGACACGAGCUGGCGAACCACAUGCCCGAGGAUAGAGAAUAUGCCUCAUGGCCAGUGGAAGAAUUCCGGGAAGCCCUCGAUGAGACGGACGCAGUGCUGCGACCAUUUAUGCGAGCGGAUGCACGCCAUUGGUUCCGUGCCCCCCAGGCGCGGCUUACAUCUGAUAUGGCCGUCGUUUUGCAGGCCAGAAAUAUGUCCCACGCCCUCGGAGACUGCUAUGCCGACGACUGGGCCAUCCCUGAUGCCUUCAGGGUGGCCUCAGUUCUCCUGCGCCAGGUGCAGUCUGGAUCGGUGGCGGUCCUUCACAUGCCGCAGCGGGGCUUCAGACAGCACACCUUGGAGGUCCUGCGGCAUUUCCUCCAGGGCCUGGCGCAGCGUCAGCUGCGAGCAGUGACGCUCAGCCAGCUUGCCGAUGCCGCGCUGGCAGGGCAGAAGCCAGAGGAGAAAAACCGUGGUUUGCAAGCUCCUGCAAGGAGGGAGUCAGGCUUUCAGGGUUUCAUUGGAAUCAAGCUCGGGAAAGGCAGUAGCCAUCAGCAUAUGACCGGGAGAAUUGUAGGUUUCCGCAAGAGGAUGUUAGGGAAGAGUGGCCAUGAAGAGAAGCCCACGCCUCGUUUUGGCUCCAGCACUGGCCCGCGAGCGCUCUCGGGCCGUCAGCAUGAAGGCAGCCCUGACCUCGAAGCUGAGCAGAGACUUUCGUGGUUUCUUGAGCUAAGCUACUAG